GAACGAAGUGUGUGUUUUUCCCAGUCAUCCACUGAGGGCAUUGAGAAGUAUAAUAUAUGAAGCUGCUGCCAUUACAUAGUGUUAUCGAAUAGCUACUGUGAGUUACACGUAUUCGCUUUGGUAUUUUGGCUGAAACGCGAUAGCGUCGUUUGAAGCAUCUACGCGUUUUUGCUGCAGGGGCAUUGUGGGAGUAAUCUUUCAACAACAGAGGGAGAGCAGAACUGACACAGGUGUCUGGGAAUUGCCUUUAACAAGAAAUGAAGAAAGUCACUUGCACUGCACCUGUUAAUAUAGCUGUCAUUAAAUACUGGGGUAAACGCAAUGAGGAACUUAUUUUGCCAAUUAACUCUUCCUUAAGUGUCACAUUGCACCAAGAUCAGUUGAAAACAACAACAUCUGUUGCUGCAAGUCGGGAGUUUACAGAAGACCGGAUUUGGUUGAAUGGCAAGGAGGAGAAUAUCAACCACCCUCGUUUGCAGUCCUGCCUACGUGAGAUCCGUCGUCUGGCAAGAAAGAGGAGGAAUGAUGGAGGUGAUGAAAAUGUGUCAAGGAUCUUAAAUUACAAAGUUCACUUAUGUUCAGUCAAUAAUUUCCCCACUGCAGCAGGGUUGGCAUCAUCUGCAGCUGGAUAUGCAUGCCUUGUGUACACCCUUGCAAAGCUCUAUGGCGUUGAAGGAGAGCUGUCAGAGAUUGCACGCCAGGGUUCUGGAAGUGCCUGCAGAAGCAUGUAUGGGGGAUUUGUGCAGUGGGUAAUGGGAGAGAAGGAUGAUGGAAAAGACAGCUUAGCCAAGCAAGUGGAACCUGAAAGUCACUGGCCAGAGCUAAGAGUUCUUAUACUGGUGGCCACUGCAGAGAAGAAGCAUGUAGGCAGCACAGCUGGCAUGCAGACAAGUGUGGAGACUAGUCCAUUGCUUAAGCUCAGAGCAGACUUAGUGGUACCUGAACGGAUGGAGGCUAUGAUCGAAUCAAUCAGGAAAAAAGAUUUUGACGCUUUUGGCCAACUGACAAUGAAGGACAGCAAUCAGUUCCAUGCCACCUGUUUGGACACAUAUCCUCCUAUCUUCUACCUGAACAAUGUGUCUCAGCGUGUGAUUAGUAUGGUGCACCAAUACAACACCUACUAUGGACAGACUAAGGUAGCAUACAGCUUUGAUGCUGGUCCUAAUGCUGUCAUCUUUAUGCUAGAGCCUACCGUAAAUGAAUUUGUCGAGGUUGUCAAGCUCUGCUUUCCACCAGAAACAAACGGAGACCAGUACUUGAAAGGCUUACCUGUGGGUCCUUCCACCCUUUCUGAGGGGCUUCAGUCAGCAAUAGCUUCUGAUCCGAAUCCAGGAGGAGUGCGUUACAUUAUUGUCACUAAGCCGGGCCCUGGCCCCAUGCAGUCACAAGAUCUCACCCUGGAUCUGUUGGGUUCUGAUGGAAUGCCAUUGCAUUGUGCUUGAAGAAAACAUUGACCAAAGAGACUUUUAUAAGUGCCAGUUUGAAAAUGAUUGCAGCAUUGCCAUAUAUUGGCAUGCUUAAAGUCUUGAUUUCUAGAGGAUGACACCAGUGCAGUUACUUUAGCAGGACAGGUCUUCAUAUCAAGAGAAAAAAUGCAGUUCGUGGUGGAAGCAAAUGUCUUUUGUUUGCUAAUAGAAUUGCUCAUCAGAUGAUCAUUAGGAAUUUUUCUCAGGGAAAUAACAUCACUUUAUUUCUGGAGUUCUACUUCCUUAUUGCCUUGUAAACUGUGGAAGAUAGGCGAACCUAUACCUGAAGCUUUUCUUUUCCUGAUGAAUAAUGGUCAGGGCAUUUAAACAAUAUAUCGAUAUCAUUUGGUAACAAACUUUGUACAUUUUCUUUUCCAGUGCCUCACCUGUUAUUUUCAUAACUUCCAUGAGUCAUUUUUAAAAUCACUGCUUAUUGUAUUCUCUUAAUUUAUUCAAUACAUGUUCCACCCCUCUAAUGGUAUUGCAUUAUACUGGCACUUGUGACUUCAUGCCAGUAUGGCUCACGGAGACAUUUAGUACAAAUCAUUUUAGUAAGUCUGUCAGAUUUUUAUGUUAACAACUGUCCAUACAUGUUUGUACUUUUAUAGAUAUUAAUAUAUCACACAAAAAAUAUAGUAAAAUUCCAUAUUGGCACAUG